GGAAGGGCGAGCAGGGCCCCGUUUUUCUGAUGGCUUUGGGGCGCCCCUGGUUGGAAGUCAUGCACGUGAGGCUGUGCUGUCCACCCGAGGCUUUUCUACGUGGUCCCUUUGGGGCAGAGGGUGUCACAGUCCUGGGGCACCUCGGGGCCCGGAGCAGGAACCUGGACCAGCCACAGCCCCACACAGCAAGCCCCGCCUAGAAGGGCUCCGGACUCACAGCCAACCCCGAUGCCACACCCUCCGGGGGUGGGAGGGACCAGAAACUGCCGGCCAUGUUCCCCUCUGCCCGGCACAGAGGAGCCAGCGGGGAGGGGCCCAGCCUUGCCGUGGGGGUCACAGCCUUGCUCCUGCUGCCCCACGGGGUGGCGGCCCCCCGUGCAGAGCGGGGCCUUGCCAGGCUGGGCUCACCUGCUGCUGAGACCAGCAUGAGGCGGGUGGCAUGGUCAGUGCGGGUUUCGCGGGGCCGAGGAGAGAUUUCCUGUGAGCAUUUCAAAGCCGAAGGUGGCAGGGCUGUCCGAGGGGCUUGCAGAAUGGCUGCUGCCUCCUCCUGUGUGGGGGCCACACCAGGUCAGAGUGGAGAGCCUGGGCCAGUGGAGAAACAGGCUGAGAGAGUGGCAUAGCCAGGUUACACCUGCCCGGGGCCUAAACUCACGACCAGCGCGGACGGGGACUUCGCCGUCACCCACCUGACUAAGGCCCACCUGUUCCACGACGGGCGGGUGCAGUGGGCGCCGCCCGCCAUCUACAAGAGCUCCUGCAGCAUUGACGUCACCUCCUUCCCCUUCGACCAGCAGAACUGCACCAUGAAGUUUGGGUCCUGGACCUACGACAAGGCCAAGGUCGACCUGGUGAGCAUGCACAGCCAUGUGGACCGGCUGGGCUUCUGGGAGAGCGGCGAGUGGGUCCUCGUGGACGCCGUGGGCACCUACAACACCAGGAAGUACGAGUGCUGCGCUGAGGUGUACCCCGACAUCACCUACGCCUUCAUCAUCCGGCGCCUGCCGCUCUUCUACACCGUCAACCUCCUCGUCCCCUGCCUGCUCCUCUCCUGCCUCACGGUGCUGGUCUUCUACCUGCCCUCCCAGUGCGGCGAGAAGGUCACGCUGUGUAUCUCUGUGCUGCUGUCGCUCACCGUCUUCCUGCUGCUCAUCACCGAGAUAAUCCCCUCCACCUCCCUGGUCAUCCCGCUCAUCGGCGAGUACCUGCUGUUCACCAUGAUCUUCGUCACGCUCUCCAUCAUCAUCACCGUCUUCGUGCUCAACGUGCACCACCGCUCCCCGCGCACCCACUCCAUGCCCGCCUGGGUGCGCCGCGUCUUCCUGGACAUCGUGCCGCGGCUGCUCUUCAUGGAGCGGCCGCCCGUGACCAAGGGCAACUGCCGGCGGCUCAUCGAAUCCAUGCACAGGAUGGCCAGUGCCCCUCGCUUCUGGCCGGAGCCUGAGGAGGAGCCCAACUUCAUGAGCAAAGUCCAGAGCCAGGGCCCCUCGCCCACCCCGUCCUUCUGUGCUCCCCUGGGUGCGCCAGGCAAGCCCCAGCCGGCCUGCACGUUGCCCUCAGACCAGGUGCCCACUCUGCAGCCAGCAGAGGCCGAGGAAGCCAGCCCCGGCCCGUCGCCCAGCCCCUGCCGCCCAACCACCAGCACCUGGGACCCGGGGCUUGCCAAAGCCCGGUCUCUGAGCAUCCAGCACAUGUCCAGCCCCAACAAAGCACCGGAGGGCGGCAUCCGGUGCCGGUCUCAGAGCAUCCAGUACUGCGUUCCUCAAGAGGAGGCCGCCUCCCAGGCCAGCGGCCCUGUGGCCAGCUCUCCUCCCUCCUUGCAGGCUCCCUGGACUGAGCUCCCACCUGCAGACCAGGCCUCUCCCUGCAAAUGUAAGUGCAAGGAGCUGUCCACAGGGUCCUCAAACACAGCGUUCCAAGCCCUCAACACCAAAGCACCGCCCCGCCGCCCGCCCCUGCCGCCCGCCCUGCCGCCCACCCUGAUGCGGGCUGCCGAGGGUGUCCAGCACAUUGCAGCCCACCUGAAGGCGGAAGACACCGACUUCUCGGUGAAGGAGGACUGGAAGUACGUGGCCAUGGUCAUCGACCGCCUCUUCCUCUGGGUGUUCGUCAUCGCCUGCCUGCUGGGGACCGCCGGCCUCCUCCUGCCGCCCUGGCUGGCCGGCGUGAUCUAGGGGCCACAGCACCGUACGGAGCAGAGAAUGUACGGGGCCACGCCACCUGCCCGACUGUCCCCCACCUUCCGUCGGCUGCCUCCUGGGGAGGCCAGUGUGGCCGGCGGCUGGGACCUGCCCAGGAGGCAGCCGCUGAGAAAGGCUUGUUCUCACUGCAGGUGGCAUCGCCGCCUGAGCCACACUGAGGUGCUCCCCGAGCACGGCUGCGCUCUCCUCACCGGCCCCAGCUGCCCCCACGUCCUGGGGCCAAGCCCUCAGCCCCUCUCAGCCCGCCCCCUCCUCCCCGUGGGAUCCCGAGGCCCCUGCUGCCCGUCCCCGAGCGUGGGGACACCACCCCUACCCGUGGUCCUCGGGCCUGCUCUCUUUGACCCCACAGAGGCCAGCCACAACCAUGCGAGUCUCACUUCCGGGUGGGCCUAAGCAGGGGUUUUAUUUUAUUUUAUUUUAUUUUUAAAAUAUAUUUUUAUUGAUUUCAGAGAGGAAGGUAGAGGGAGAGACAGAAACAUCAAUGAUGGGAGAGAAUCAUUAACUGGCUGCCUCCUGCACGCCCCCCACUGGGGAUGGAGCCUGCAACCUGAGCAGGUGCCCUUGACCAGAAUCGAACCCCGGACCCUUUAGUCUGCAGGCCGACACUCUGUCCACUGAGCCAAACCGGCAAGGGCUUUUUGAUUUGUUUUGAUGAAUUCGUGAAAACCUAAGUUUUGUGCCCAGGGCUCCUUGGGGAGUGGAGCUGUUAAACCUGGUCCCGCUUGGAAGAGAUUGGCGGGCAGGACCCCAUGAGGGAGGGACCUUUGGGCUUGGGGAGUUCAGAUGAUUGCCUUCCAAGGGUCCUGGUGCUCCCGGGCAAGCUCUUUGCAGGUCAUAGGUCCUCAUGGGCACUGGGAGUUUGUGAGGACAGCUCGCCCAGGGCCUACUCCGGGGCCCUCGGAGUGUGGCGCUGGGGGGGGGGGGGGCCUGAGGAGGCCGAGGGGAACCUCCACAGGCCUCCUGCCCUUGGACCCAUCUGUGGGAGGCCAGUUCAGCCAAGGGGCCUCUCUCACCCACAAUGCAGUGGCCCUCUGGCCAGAGGUGUAGGGAAAUCCCCCGGAGGGACGGUCCUGGGGGCCUAGGAUCACCCCCAGGGCAGAGUGCUGGGUGCCACCCCAUGUCUCCCUGGCCCGGGCACCAUGGCCCUGCGUGCUCUGAUGAUUCGGAAUCCUCAGUCCCCAAGUGGAGGCGGCGAGGACACCGUGUCCCCUCCCAGGGACUGACAUUGGGUGGAGGCAGGAGGAGGAAGCUGCUCCUGCUGUCCAUGGUCAAAGUCCCUUCCGCAGGGCAGCCACGGGCAUGGCAGCCACGGGCAGGCAGCCACGGGCAUGGCAGCCACGGCCAGGGCAGCUACGGGCAUGGCAGCCACGCCAGGGCAGCCAUGGGCGGGGCAGCCACAGGCAAGGUGUCCCGCCUGGCCAGUGCCUGGGUCACCAGGGACUUGGAAGAAGUGAGUGAACAAUUCAGUGAAGUUUGGAGUCUGGUGGGCCUCGUUGUGGCAGAGGUCAGACUCCCUGGUCACAGCCAGGCAGGAGCUGGAGGGGCUGCACCCCUCGCCCAGGCACUGAGAGGGGACCUGACCUGGGCCCAGGGGUCCUCGUGCCCGAGAGGGUGCAGACCCCGGUGUUCUCUCCUCCCGGCCCCGGGGCCACGGGGGCCUGCUGCCCAGCUCUGCUCUGCACCUGCUUCCUGGGGGCGUCAGCAUCAGUCCCAGGCACUGGGGCCGCUCACCCAGGACAAGCGAGGCUGAGCGGGGACACCAGCCCCGGGGCAUCAGGGAGGGGAUUUCAGAUGUAAGCACCUCAGUCCUUACAUAAGCAGAUUCGGCCACCAGGUGCGCAGGCAUCUGCCAGGAGCAGCCCUGGCGCCGGGCCCAGAGAUGUUUUUCUGGGUCACCAGGGAGACCUCGCACGAAGUUUCCGGAACUGGAAAAAAGUGUCAGGAAAUGCACAGAAAUAACCAAGUGGUCAUAUUCCCACCACAGCAAAUAACCCAGCCUCCGUCUGCCUCCAGUGUGGUUUCUUUAAUGUAAAUUUAAUAGGGAAAAACGCAUGAUCUAAGCCCUCGAGUGCGCGAGUUUUACUAAAAUUUGACACCAAGGACCUAGGGCACCAUUCCACACAAGAGGCCACCCUCCCCCCGCCCCUCAGGCCAUCCCCUCCUGGCCCCGGCCUGGGCUUCUCCAUCAGCCGGCUCGGCUCCUGCUCCUGAACUUGGGGUCGGGGCCUCCAUUGCUGCCUCCCUCCUAGUGUGUGGAGACUCACUGGUCCUGUCUCGUCCUCGGACAGUCCUCUUUGAACUGUGAGCAGAGCUCUUCGCCUGAAUCAACAGAGCUCGCUGUCUCUCGUCCCCCUUGGAGAACGUCUCCGGGUUUCGCCGUCACGACUCACGCGCCGUGACACGCUGUGAGGUCUUCGUGGAUGUCCUCAUGCCUCAUGUCCGUAUGUCCAGGGCCCUGCCCCCACCCCUCACCUCACUCACACACCGGGCCAGUGUUUCCCCUCCUAGAUCGCUGGGGCCCAGACAAGGAGGGACUGCCCAGGGCCUGAGGCCCGCGGGGAUGUCCUAACUCGUCACUCCUGAGCUUUGUGCCUGCCCUGCCGGGCCCUCCCUCGCCCCCUCUGUCUCCCGACCAAGGUCCGUGCUCCCCACACAGUGUGACAUACCCCUUCUCUCCGGAAAUUAAGUAAUGGAUUCUCUUCUCAAAGGCAUUGGCCCCUUGGGGGCAUCCCCCGUCAGCUUUGUACGUCAUGAUGGCCCUGGCCCGUGUUGCUCAGUUGUUAGAGCACUGGCCCGCGCACCCAGGUUAGCAGGUUUGAUUCUGGUCAAGGGCGUGUACCUCGGUUGCAGGUUCAAUCCUUGGCCCGUCGGGUGCAUAUGGGAGGCAACCAGUUGAUGUGUUUCCUCACGUCCACGUUUAUCUUUCCCCCCUCCCUCCCUCCCUCCCUCCACUCUCUCUAAAACCAAUGGAAGAAAAGGAAGUCACGGGGUGCCGGGCA